CUUGUACUUUCUCCUCCUCACGUGCUUUAGGGGAUGCAAAUUACUUACGCAAGCAAUUACGGAAUAAAACCGGCCAACUGUUACAACAUUUUUUUUGAGGUUUAAAUGGGUCCAUGUAUUUCUAUGUUACUUUUCUCACCAUUUUUGUUAGUUCAAGCACCUUCCUUUUUUUACUUUUUUUUUUAUUAACGUAUUUUGGAAAUUUACACCUUUCUACCGCUUUGAAAUAGACUUUUCAAUGAUUUUUUUUAUUUUUUUAUUUUUAAUAACCUGGACUUUUCGGCCUAUAAAUAUUAGAGUACAUAACGCUUCAUUUCCUAUCUCUCAAAUUCUCUUAUAAUCCAUUUGUCUCAACAACAUUAAAUUCUUCUUCGUCUAUUUUCUCUACUUCCUCCCAACAAUUUUUUCAUUAUUUUAGUUUCCUUAUACCCUAACAAACACUACCCAAUUACCACCAACUACAACAAAAGAAACAUUCAAUACUUUGUUUAAAAAUGCAUUCGUCAAUGAACAACGGUGCUUACGAUAGUCAUCAACUUCUUUCCAAGGUAGCAACUAACAAUGGACACGGCGAGGAUGUCGAGUAUUUUGAUGGGUGGAAGGCUUAUGAUAAUGAUCCUUACCACUCUUCCAACAACCCUAAUGGUGUAAUUCAAAUGGGACUUGCUGAAAAUCAGCUUACCUUUGAUUUAGUGAAGGAGUGGAUGCUUAAAAACCCACAAGCUUCUAUAUGUACACCGGAAGGAAUUGAUAAGUUUAUGGAAAUUGCUGUAUUCCAAGAUUACCAUGGCUUGCCUGAGUUCCGUUCUGCUGUUGCAAAGUUCAUGGGGAAAGCGAGAGGCGACAAAGUGACCUUUGAUCCGAAACGAAUAGUAAUGAGCGGAGGAGCCACCGGAGCGAAUGAGACGAUAUUGUUUUGCUUAGCAAAUAAAGGAGAAGACGCAUUUUUGGUCCCCUCACCUUAUUAUCCAGCAUUUAACCGUGAUUUGGGUUGGAGAACUGGCGUAAAACUAAUUCCAAUUACAUGUGAAAGUUGGAAUGGUUUUAAGAUUACUGAACAAGCCUUAAUCUCAGCUUAUGAAGAUGCACUACAAAACAACGUUCGAGUUAAGGGCAUAAUCGUCACAAACCCUUCUAACCCUUUAGGGACAGUCCAAGAUAAGGAUACCCUAAAAAUGUUGGUAAACUUUGUGAAUGACAAAAGAAUUCACCUAGUAUGUGAUGAGAUAUAUGCAGCUACUGUAUUUAGCCUUCCAAGGUACACUAGCGUGGCCGAAAUUGUAACGGACAUGCCACACGUUAACCUUGACCUUAUUCACAUCGUCUAUAGCUUGUCUAAGGACAUGGGCAUGCCAGGGUUCCGAGUUGGGAUUGUGUACUCUUACAAUGACCGCGUUGUGACCACUGCUCGUAGGAUGUCAAGCUUUGGGCUCGUUUCUUCACAAACGCAACAUAUGCUAGCCGCCAUGUUGUCUGAUGAUGAGUUCGUCACAAGGUUCUUAGACACAAGCCGAGAAAGGCUAUCGCGAAGGCACCAACAUUUUACAGGCGGAUUGUCUCAAGUUGGGAUCGAGUGCCUAAAGAGCAACGCAGGACUAUUUGUAUGGAUGGACUUGCGACACCUAUUGGAGGAGGCAACAACGGAGGGGGAAUUGAAGUUAUGGAGAGUAAUUAUAAAUGAUGUGAAGAUCAAUGUAUCACCAGGCUCAUCAUUUCAUUGUUCGGAGCCUGGAUGGUUUAGGGUGUGCUACGCAAACAUGGAUGAUGAGACCGUAGAUGUUGCCCUACAAAGGAUUAGAACCUUUGUAAGGCGCGACAAGAGGGAGACAAAACCAAAAACAUCGCUUAAGAAGAGGAAGGAACAGAUGCAACUUGGUCGUCUUAGCUUUAACAAUCGAAGAAUCGACGAAAGUAGUCUCAUGUCACCACAUAACUUGUUAUCACCUCAUUCUCCCAUUCCUCAAUCUCCACUCGUUAAAGCCAGAACCUAAUAAAUCAUUUUAAGUAAUACUAUAUAUAAAAGUAUAAAUAAAUUCAUGUAUGUAGAUAUUUCAAUAAUUCGUGUCAUAUUUAUCCGAAUAACUUAGAAUCUUCUUAGUACGUAAGGUUUUUUAUAUUCCAAUGAUUUUUGCAGUUUUUCUGAUAAUUCAGACUGCCUACUAGGGAUUUGUUGGGAUAAAAUUAUUGUAAAAGGGGUCAAUUGUGCUUAGGUUUUUUUCCCCAGAUUUUUUUGUUUGGGGUUACCAUAUUAAUAAUAAUAUUAGUGUUUUCUUGUUUA